AUGAACAAUGCUGCGUUCGACGACAUCGGUAUCCAUUCGCGGCCGGACAAAAGAUCAGAGGCCGAAGACCGAUGGGUAGCCUUUCAGCCGUACCUACUCUCCAAGGGCUAUCAACUCCGGCCCCGAUACCAGCCAGAUUGGGUCCCGUCCUGGAAGGGAACUUCUAUCAAGCCUUUGCACUGUGAAGACAGUCUUGACUCCAUACCUAUCCGAGUGUUGGAUGCUACUCGAAUCCAGGACAACCAGCAAGUGAAACUCAAAAUGAUUGUUGCUUACGCCGCGGGAGAAGGUGCUAACGAAUACGCUUUACUGAAACACUUUUCGGAGUCUCCACUUAAAGAUGAUCCCUCAAAUCACGUUGUACCUUGUCUCGACUCUUUCCCUAUUCCCGGCAUCGACGCAGGGAACUUCGUUGUUAUGCCAUUACUCAGCUCCUACCAGCUGAUUCCAUUUUACAACUUGGCAGAGGUCCACGAACUACUGAAGCAAUUGUUCGAUGGCCUCUUAUUCCUACAUAGUAACAAUGUUGCUCAUCGGGAUAUUGCCUCUACCAAUGUCAUGAUGGACGCCCGGCCCCUUUUUGAGGAGCCCUUUCAUCCCUUUUAUCAAGACCAUUCCCUCGACGCCAAACGUCUCAUUUACCCCUCGUACUCUCGAUCUGAAAAGGACGUCCGGUACUACUUUAUCGACUACGGUUACGCCGUUUGGUUCCCAGACCCAAAUGCCCCACGUACAGCUGUAGGGGUCGAUGCACGAGAGGCAGCACCGGAACAAAAAAGCGGUCAGCCUUACGACCCGUUCCCGGCGGAUGUCUAUCAGCUCGGAAAAAUGAUUCACGAUGACCUGUUUCAAGCAGUAGACGACCUGAGGUUUCUCUUGCCAUUGAUCAGGGGAAUGACUGAGGAGACCCCGACCCGAAGACUGACCCUUGAGCAAGCUCGGGAUCAAAUGAACACCUCAUUCGUCGGGCUCCAUGGAUGGAGGUACCGUUGGCCUCUUGUGCCCAGAAACACUCGCUUCCAGGAUAGAUGCUGGUAUUUCUUCCGUGGGCUUGUAGCAGAGAUUCUGUUUUUGGUCAGGUGUAUUAGGAGGCUCGGGUUGCGGAACUAA